AACCAGUUUUCUGAGUCUGCGCAGUAAGUGUAAACAGGAAGAAGAGUACAAAAUUAAACACGGUUGAUGGACGUUGCGCUGCAUUGACAGGAUUUACAUUAGUUCGCGCUGCAAUAUCUGACGUUUUCUGUAUAUCAAACAGCUCGAUUGUUCGUCGUUUAUUCAAUUCUAGCACACGAUGUAACGCAUUCAUUGUCGCAAAGACAGCUAACAGAGAAAACAUCGGCUAACGUUAAUUGGUUGGCUGCCUAGUGACUCUGACAAACUUGUCGUUAAAAGAAGCUUUCAAUAGUUCUCUAAAUGGCAAUCAGAAAUUUAUUGUAUUAUCAAUAAAAAAAUUGUACGCUACGACUGCGUGGUCUUUUAAAGGUGAAGUCUGCUGGUAGUUUAAUGCGGAGACUCUACAUCCUAUUGAAUUCCGUUCCAACCAAGAUGGCCUACUAACCCAGUAUCCAAUCAGGUGUUUUUUUCUGUACGAGAAAAGCGUUGGCUGACGUCUAACGUAAACCAGUAUCUUAAACAGCAGUGGUACGUGCAUAGGUAAAGAUGGUCCAGAAAGACAAAAUAAUUGAGUCGUCACAGCCCGAGAGUGAAGCAAAUCCAGUGCCAGCAGAAGCGGUUGCGGAAACGCUAGGUCCAGUUGAUGAUCCAAGCAUUGGAGUUGAGAGAACAGGCCGACGAAAAUUUCUCACUGGUGUUGUAGAGGGCUUCUAUGGACGGCCAUGGACAAUGGAACAAAGAAAAGAGCUUUUCAGGAGGCAGCAAAAAUGGGGAUUGAACACAUAUCUAUAUGCCCCAAAAGAUGACUACAAACACAGAAUGUUUUGGAGAGAGAUGUAUUCUGUUGAAGAAGCAGAACAACUCACAACCCUAAUAAGCGCUGCUAAAGAGCAUGGGAUUGAGUUCAUUUAUGCCAUUUCCCCCGGUCUGGACAUUACAUUCUCAAAUCAGAAGGAAGUGUCUACACUGAAAAGGAAGCUGGACCAGGUCUCUCAUUUUGGGUGCAAGUCCUUUGCCUUACUGUUUGAUGACAUAGAUCAUAACAUUUGUCCAGCUGACAAAGAAGUAUUCAGCUCUUUUGCCCAUGCGCAGGUGUCCAUAACCAAUGAGAUCUUCCAGUAUUUGGGAGAACCUGACAUAUUCCUAUUUUGCCCCACAGAAUAUUGUGGGACGUUUUGUUAUCCAAAUGUGGCACAAUCGCCGUACCUGCAUACAAUUGGUGAAAAGCUGCUUCCUGGAAUUGAGGUGCUGUGGACGGGUCCGAAAGUUGUUUCAAAGGACAUAACUGUUGAAUCUAUUGAAGAAGUUACAAAGAUUCUGAGGAGAGCCCCUGUCAUUUGGGACAAUAUUCAUGCCAAUGACUAUGACCAGAAGCGUCUGUUUUUGGGUCCUUAUAAAGGCAGGUCCUCAGAACUCAUACCUCGGCUUAAGGGAGUCCUUACCAACCCCAACUGUGAAUUUGAGUCCAAUUUUGUCGCCAUUCACACACUAGCCACAUGGUAUAAGUCUAACAUGAAUGGAGUGAGAAAAGAUGUUGUCAUGACGGACAGUGAAGACAGCACUGUGUCUAUUCAAAUAAAGCUGGAAAAUGAGGGAAGUGAUGAGGAGCUAGAAACAGAUAUUCUCUACAGCCCACAGAUCGCACUCAAGCUGGCUCUUUCUGAAUGGCUGAGCGAAUUUGGAGUGCCUCAUCAGUACAACAGUCGACAGGUACCUCACAGUGGAACUAAAAGCACUUCUAUGGACAUUCCUCCGCUUAACGCAACUAGUCUGAGCUCUAUGGCUACAGUGACCACAGUCUUCCAACAGCCAAUCAUGAGCCCAGCCGUGCCUCUUAGUGACGAACCACACAUACUCUGCAAAGAAGAGGAGGUGGAGGUGGAGAAGAAGGACCUAGAUGAAGAACCUAUGGAGAUGGUUGUAGAGAAACACGACGAGGUGGAGGACGUUAAAAACGUCAACCAGAUCCUCACGGAAAUCGUCAAGGCUAAGAUGUCUGAAGAUCUCAAACCCAUGGACACCGAUAAAGAGAGCCUGACAGAGUCUAAGUCUCCAGAGAUGUCUAUUCAGGAGGAUUCAGGCAGUGACAUCGCACCGAUGCAGACUGAUGAUCAGCUCAAUAAAGAAGUGUUUGUUCCAGGUCCUAAUGAGAAACCGUUGUUCACUGUAGAGCCGGUUACUCUGGAGGAUCUCACCCUGCUGGCUGAGCUUUUUUAUCUGCCAUAUGAACAUGGUCCAAAAGCAGUACAGAUGCUGAAAGAGUUUAACUGGUUGAGAGCCAAUAGCAGUUUUGUCAGCAUUAACUCCACAGAAAAGGAUCCAGAGAAGUUUACUCAGGUAGCUGAAUGGCAUUCCAGAGCAGAUAUCUUUGAAGAGAUGUGCUGUUCUGUCAUCCAGAUGUUCACCAGACUUUCCAACUCCGCCAACAGGACCAUUCUGUAUGACCUGUAUCCCUAUAUCUGGGAUAUAAAGAGUAUCAUCUCAAUGGUGAAAUCAUUUGUUCAGUGGUUAGGGUGUCGUAGACAGUCAUCAACACAGUUCUUAAGUGGCGACCAAGAGCCCUGGGCCUUUAGGGGCGGUCUAGCAGGAGAGUUCCAGAGACUGUUGCCAAUUGAUGGGGCAAAUGAUCUUUUCUACCAGCCACCACCAUCAAUGCCCACUUCAAAAAUCUAUACCAUAAGGCCUUACUUUCCCAAGGAUGAGUCUUCUGUCUAUAAGAUCUGCAAGGAGAUGUACACUGAGAGCUGUGAGGGCAUUUCUUUCACAGAUGAGUCACCAGACCUAAUUGGAGACAGGUUAGUGGGGGUUUUUCUAACAAUCAGCCCAGAUUAUGGCUUUGUACUGGAAGAUGAGGAAGGUGUUUGUGGCUAUGCUCUGGGCACCGUGGAUGUCAAACCUUUCCUGAAGAAAUGCAAGGUGAGCUGGAUACCAUGCAUGCAGGAGAAAUACAACAAGCCAGACACAGAGAAGGACCUGUCAGAUGCUGAGAAAAUGAUGCUAAGCUUCCAUGAGGAGGAGGAGGUUUUGCCAGAAUCAUUCCUCAGUAAUUUCCCAUCGCUCAUUAAAGUGGACAUUCAUGCAAAGGUUACUGACCCAAGUGUUGCCAAGAGUAUGAUGGGUUGUCUCCUCUCAUCGCUAAAAGCCAAUGGCUCACUUGGUGCUUUCUGUGAAGUCCGACAGAUGGACAAAAGAAUGAUGGACUUUUAUAGCAAGCUUGGUUGCUUUGAAGUUGCCAAAAUGGAAGGAUUCCCAAAAGACGUUAUUAUAAUGGGGAGAAGUUUGUAAAUCUGAGCUGCCUAACCAUCACACAUAGGAGCCUCCAAAAAGUGCACAAAGCUUUGGCCCACUUUUAAGGUCCAGAAAUCUUGCUACCUGUUCAUAAAACAAUCACAUGUUUGUAAUAGCAACUCUGUAAUGGUAGCUCAUUUCAUCUAAUUAUGCUGAAUGCACUUCUAGAAUUGUGUAGGUGCUGUUCAUAGAGAUUGUUCUUUGCCAGUCAGUGGUGCUGUGUUUAAAAGAGUUUGCAAGUGAGCGUGUGUAUAUAUGCACACAUUUGUGUGUGUGGAGGGGCACGACAAGUGGUAAAGAAUUGAAGUUUGAGCCUGCAAGAAUAGCUUGAGCUGGCCAAGUGCCACUAAACUUGCUUGAUCUCUUAGAUACGGCUGGAUUGCAGUUUGUGUUCAGCACAUGUGCAUGUUUAAGUUGACAUGUAUAGAUUCUCCAGGCUAAAACUUGCCAUUACUUCAUAUGAGAAGUUCAACUUACACUUUCAUCACUUUACUCUUUUUAAUUAGUUUAUUUCAAUACUUUACAGUCUUCUAGCAAUAAUCUAGAAUGAGGUUGUUGAACAGCCAGGGUUUGUGUUAUUGCUUUUCAGAACAAUGGAAUAAAUUCUGAAAUUUUCCAGGUGCAGUGUGAGGGAGCUCAUAUAUAGAAUGCAGAAUCAUAAAGGUAUCCUUUGAAGUAUGGUAUGUUGUUCAAUAACCUGGAAAACAGGCAAUCUGAACAUUUGAAUAGGCAGAAGUGAAUACAGUUAAACCAUUAUUCUUCAUUAAAACUGCAUGAGAUAUGUUUUUGUGGAAGCCUUUGGCAUGUGUAUCUUCUAAUGAUAAUUUUCUAUUUUUUGUAAAAAAUGACUUGGUUACUUUACACCCUCGCCUGUAAUUUAAGUUAAUAAGCUUUAGCCUUUGUUUAAAGUGGUGUAUUAUAAUUUGAGAUAUAAAUCUGACAUCAGGUAUGUUUUUAAAAAGUCACACAAUUGAAAGCCUUUAAGUACACUUUGGUUGAAAGUACACUUUCAACCAAAGUGAGAUCUGAAAAUUAACUUUAAUGAAGCUACAGUCAUUGAUUUUCCCUUCAAUGCCUUUCUAAAUUAAGAUCUACCCUUUUUUGUUCACGUUUAAUAGCGCCACAUUUGUAAUUGGCUUUCUGUGAAAUUUACACUCGAUGUGCAAACAACCCUAUGUCAGAAAUACCUGUCCACAUGUAUUACGCAUAAGAUUCUCAAUACUGAUUAUUUGUUAAGUUGUAUUAUUUUACCAUUUAUAUUACCCUGAAUAACCAUGAGCACAAAUCGCUCCCAUAGAUUCCUGUAUGUAAUGAUGCAAAUAAUGCCUGGGUUCAGAAAAAAAUCUAAAUAGUUAUGUGCUUAUGAUGGGCCAACCAUUGGGGUCUUAACGUUUUCAAUAUUUUCUCAUUCACCCCCAAAUUAAAGGGGCACUGUACUCUCAAAAAAUGACUAUUGUUUGUUUGUAUGGCAGUCAGAAUGCCUUGCUUGGCUCAUUGCUUUUUGGUUCAUCAAAUUUAAUGUAAAGGGCUUUUUCAUUUGUUUUGUUUUUUAGGUUAUAUACAAUGCCUUUCUGUACCUUUGUGUAAUUAUGAUUAUGUAUAUGUAAUAUAGUUGUAAUUUCUGUAAGAUUUGUAUGUGAUUAAGAUGGUUAUUAAAAUGUUAAAUAAAAAAAAUCUGCCGUA